AUGGCUCGUACGGCCCUCACUCUCUGUUGUCUGGUCGCGGCAGUCUACGCCGUCGCGGUCCAGAACGAAAGGCGUCAAAACGGCUAUUAUUUCAAGCCUGAGCUGGCCACGUCCUAUUGGAAUGAUUCUGGCCUUCCAAUCCUCUUCAAUUUCAGCGACUCGCAGUUCUCCAACACUGUGGAUGGUGAUCCCGCAGGCAGUUCAUAUUGGACAAGCUCCUCCAUUACUGGGACAAACGGCCAGCAGUACCUGGCCGUCUCGCACGCUCUCAUCUUCAACGGUGCCAACAACGAAACGUUCUACCGUGCCUCUGUUCUCCCGCUCAGUCGUCCCGAGGACUACAGUUCUUUCAUCGUCUCCACCAAUGAGAGUGCCCUCGCGGCUGGCUCUCAACUCAAAGUCACCGUCGAUGGCAAUGGAUUCCAAGGUCUUACUGAAGACAACGUGUCGCAGAUGCGCACAUACAGUAACCAUGACAAAGUUACAUUCGACAUCACCUACAAUGCCACGUCUCCAGCGCUGGUAGACGCUGCCGUUGGUCUGUUCACAUUUGGUACCGGAGUAAGCUAUGAAUGGGGUCUCCCGAAUUGCUACACGGAAGGCGCACUGCUUGUCGACGGGAGCUCGGUGACUAUUGACCCAGCUAACUCGUUUACCUGGUACGAUCGACAGUGGAACAACGGGAUCCCAUCUACUGGAAAUUGGACGUGGUUCGAGCUGCACAUCCCCCACACAGGGUACAGGCUCAGCGUCUGGGCCGUCGACAAUGCUCAGCCUUAUCAACGCCUCCGGUUCGCUACAAUUUGA